AUGAUAUAAAGUGAUCCAUUGCAUCCAAAGAUAUGUGGUGAGAGUUAUGGCGUCGUGUAUUUUGAAGCGAUUGCGGAGAGGAAUUGACAUUGCCACGAGGUUUAAAGGAUAUGGAGGAAGUGUUUCAACUCAGUUCUUAAGAUUAACACAUGGAGAAGCAGCAGCUGCUGCUGAAACUAGACCAACUGUUCGCAAAUUUGAUACAAUUCAACGAUCACAGUUAACUGACUUUGGAAAGUAUGUAGCAGAAUGUUUACCCAAAUAUGUGCAGAAAGUGCAGUUAACAGCUGGAGAUGAACUGGAGAUCUUGAUUGCUCCUGAAGGUGUCAUACCAGUAUUACAGUUCCUGAAAGAUCAUCAUAACACACAGUUUGCCAACCUGGUUGACAUUGCUGGAAUGGAUGUGCCAGCCCGUCAGUACAGAUUUGAGGUGAUCUACAACUUGCUGUCAUUGCGAUUCAAUUCUCGAAUUCGCGUUAAAACAUAUACUGAUGAGCUGACUCCACUCGACUCUUCAUGUGAAGUGUUCAAAGCAGCCAACUGGUAUGAACGAGAAAUCUGGGACAUGUAUGGGGUGUUCUUUGCCAAUCAUCCUGACUUGAGAAGGAUUCUUACUGAUUAUGGCUUUGAGGGGCAUCCCUUUAGAAGGGACUUCCCCCUUUCUGGAUAUGUUGAGGUUCGUUACGAUGAUGAGAGGAAGCGUGUAGUUGUCGAACCAGUCGAGUUAGCUCAAGAAUUUCGACGAUUUGAAUUGUCUGCUCCCUGGGAACAGUUUCCUAACUUCCGUGGUGGCCCACCUGUUGCAGAAGAAGUGCCAGUAGACUCAAAAGAAAAGAAAUAAGGGUUUACUUGUUACACUUCUUGUAAGAGUAUCAAGAUUAACUCUGUAUUAGAAGGAAGGAAUAAAAUUGUAUCAUACUAUGUGAAGCUAAUUAAAAGUAGUUGUUGAACAUA